UAUAACCAAGAUGAAAAUGCAUACAUUGUGCAAAAAUGAAAAAUGAUGUAAAUAAUAUAUAAAAUGAAAAAAAGAUCCCAAGAUGACUCAUGAGUUUGAGAAUCUCUGCUCUCAACCUUUAUCUGAAAAAUGCUUUGAGCUGCUUUUUCUUAUUUUAUCUUCUGAACAAUCUUAAGUAGCCACCAUGGCAGGUGACAGACUUGCUGUUUGCCAGAUGAAACUUCACUUACUCCUGGUGUCCAUGGCUGUGCCAUGCUCGUGGUACACAAUCCAGCAUCCUCAGAGCCUGUUUCCUUCCCCCAAACCACCUCUCUGGGGCCCACCACCAUGCCCUACCCAUGGCCCAUGCUGAGGAGGACAAGAGAGACAAAGGACAGAGGAAACAGGGGCCCGUUAUGCUGCUUCAAACUGUCAGGUUCUUGCCAUCUUUCUUCCUCUGGCCUCCUCACCUGGAUGGACACCUGUACAGGAAAAACUGCAUAGAAAAUCUAAUGGAUGAAGAUGAGAAAGACAGGGCAAAGAGAGCUUCUCGAAAUAAGUCUGAGAAGAAGCGUCGGGACCAGUUCAAUGUGCUCAUCAAAGAACUUAGCUCCAUGCUCCCUGGCAACACACGGAAAAUGGACAAAACCACUGUGCUGGAGAAGGUCAUCGGAUUUUUGCAGAAACAUAAUGAAGUCUCAGCACAAACAGAAAUCUGUGACAUUCAGCAAGACUGGAAGCCUUCAUUUCUCAGUAAUGAAGAAUUCACUCAGCUGAUGUUGGAGGCAUUAGAUGGUUUCAUUAUCGCGGUGACGACGGACGGCAGCAUCCUCUAUGUUUCUGACAGUAUCACACCUCUCCUUGGGCAUUUACCGUCGGAUGUCAUGGAUCAGAAUUUGUUAAAUUUCCUUCCAGAACAAGAACAUUCAGAAGUUUAUAAAAUGCUUUCUUCCCAUAUGCUUGUGAACGAUUCCCCCUCCCCAGAAUACUUAAAAUCUGACAACGAUUUAGAGUUUUAUUGCCAUCUUCUCAGAGGCAGCUUGAACCCAAAGGAAUUUCCAACUUAUGAAUACAUAAAAUUUGUAGGAAAUUUUCGCUCUUACAACAAUGUGCCUAGCCCCUCCUGUAAUGGCUUUGACAGCACCCUUUCAAGGCCUUGCCGGGUGCCACUAGGAAAAGAGGUUUGCUUCAUCGCCACCGUUCGUCUGGCAACACCACAAUUCCUAAAGGAAAUGUGCAUAGUUGACGAACCUUUAGAGGAAUUCACUUCAAGGCAUAGCUUGGAAUGGAAAUUUUUAUUUCUGGAUCACAGAGCCCCUCCAAUCAUAGGCUACCUGCCUUUUGAAGUUUUGGGGACCUCAGGCUAUGACUACUACCACAUCGAUGAUCUGGAGCUCCUGGCCCGGUGCCACCAGCACUUAAUGCAGUUUGGCAAAGGGAAGUCGUGUUGCUACCGAUUUCUGACCAAAGGCCAGCAGUGGAUUUGGCUGCAGACCCACUACUACAUCACCUACCACCAGUGGAACUCCAAGCCUGAGUUCAUCGUGUGCACACACUCCGUCGUCAGUUACGCAGAUGUCCAGGUGGAAAGGAGGCAGGAGCUGGCUUUGGAAGACCCACCAUCUGAGGCCAUCCACCCUUCAGUACUAAAGGACAAAGGCUCAACCCUGGAACCCCAGCAGCACUUUAAUGCACUUGAUAUGGGUACCUCGGGCCUUAACACCAGUCACUCACCAUCUGCAUCCUCAAGAAGUUCCCACAAAUCCUCGCACACCACCCUCUCAGAGCCUGCCUCUACUCCAAGCAAGCUGAUGGCUGAGGGCGGCACCACUGCCUUGCCAAGAUCAGCUGCCCUGCCCCAAGAGCUCCCUGUGCCGGGGCUCAGCCAGACAACUACAAUGCAGGCCCCUCUGCCUGCCCCACCGUCCUGUGACCUCACUCAGCAGCUUCUGCCUCAGACCAUCUUGCAGAGCCCACCUACCCCCAUGGCACAGUUUUCAGCACAGUUCACCAUGUUCCAGACCAUCAAAGACCAGCUGGAGCAGCGGACACGGGUCCUGCAGGCCAACAUCCGGUGGCAGCAGGAGGAGCUCCACAAGAUCCAGGAGCAGCUCUGCCUGGUGCAGGACUCCAACGUCCAGAUGUUUUUGCAGCAGCCAGCAGUGUCCCUGAGCUUCAGCAGUGCCCAGCGGCCUGAGGCCCAGCAACAGCUUCCCCAGAGGUCAGCCCCAGGAGCCCAGCCACCGCUCUCAGCCAGCCCACAACUUCCAGGACAGAUCACCUCUGCCCAGGUCACAAACCAGCACCUGCUCAGAGACUCAAGCGUGAUAUCAACCCAGGGUCUGAAGCCAAUGAGAAGCUCACAGCUGAUGCAGGGAAGCAGCCAGCUGACACCCCAGUUCAGUAGCACCUCAGCAGCGCUCCCAACAAUGAGCCUGACCACACCUGCGUCCACCUCCCAGGAUGCCAGCCAGUGCCAGCCUGGCCCCGACUUCAGCCAUGACCGGCAGCUCAGGCUGUUGCUGAGCCAGCCCAUCCAGCCCAUGAUGCCAGGGUCCUGUGAUGCGAGGCAGCACUCAGAAGUUGGCAGGACUGCACGGCAAGCCAAGUAUCCACAGAGUCAAGCCGUGUUUCAAAAUCCAGACGUGCAUACCACCAGCAGCAGCGCCUCAACCCCUGUCCUGUUGAUGGGACAGGCGGUGCUUCACCCCAGCUUCCCCACCUCCCAGACAUCGCCCCUGCAGCCUGCACAGGUCCAGCAGCAGCAGCAGCAGCACUUCCUGCAGGUACAAGCACCAACCUCUUUGCACAGUGAGCAGCAGGACUCAAUACUUCUCUCCACCUACUCACAACAGCCAGGGACCCUGGGCUACCCACCACCCCAGACACAGCCCCCACGCCCUCCCCGGAGGGUCAGCAGCCUGUCUGAGUCCUCAGGCCUCCAACAGUCACCCCGGUAGUGCCCUGGCACAAUCAGUCGGGUCACAAUCAGCUUUAACUAAUGCACGAGUGGGGGUGGCCAUCGGAAUCGGGGCGAGGAGUUUAAACUAAAUUCUUGGCUUUGUGCACACUGCAAACAUUUCAGAACUCCUGGAUGGUAACUGUUUCCCAAGCACAGCAGCAGGCAUGUGGAGAACAAUCAGGAAGACUGGCAUGCUUCCCUUGCCUGGGCCCCUUCUUGGGUGCCCUCUACAGCCAUACUUGGACAGGAAUCCAGUGCCCAUAUAGGCGUCAUUACUCAGUUUACCUUAGUAGAUGGCACAUCUUUGCUGCAUCCUCCCAAGAGUGUGCUGGUCACGCUAGCUGGCUGUGGCUCUUCCAAGUGUGCCAGCUGGCCUUCACUCUCUGGAUCCUCUCCUUUGCAUUCUAGAAGCACUGGGUCAGAGAUCUGUUGACAAGAGAAUAGAGAGAUUAUCUUUUAUUAUUUUUAAAUGGCUGUUUUUGUUUUAAUUUGUACAGCAGCACAAGGAGACAAACUAGGCACUUUCAGUUAAAAAAAAAAAAAAGCAGUGAGGCCUCAUGACUUGAUUUGGAGUUCACCAAUCAGAUAGCCAAGCUGGUCAUUAUUAACCAGACUACAGACCCACACCCUCUGGCCUAAAUCCUAAUAGAAUGAGGCUUUGCACCCCAUGCCAUUCUGGUGAUUAUUUCAUUUCCCCUGAAUAUAACACUGGACUGUUUCCUGUUGACUUCCUGGAUUGUGAUUACAAAGGCAGACUCAAAGCCAAGCACGGUCAUGCAGCUGAUGUUCUGGAAUUCGGUUGAGAACUCUUAAGACCCUGAAGGGAGAGGUUUCACUAGCCAGACAGGCCUGUGGCACUCUGGUUCCCAAGGACCCCCACCAUGUGCUGGCCCCUGGAGGGAGAAUGCUGCAUCUUUCUACAUAUCUUUCAUGAUAAAUGAUAAGUCCGAGGAUUGGAUUUUCCUUUUCAAAAUGCACUUUGCUUUUUUUUGUAUGUUUUGUUAUGUUGAGAUGUUUCUAAAGAAAGAUUUUAUGUAAUUAUAAGAUAAAGUGUAGUGAAUUGUACAGCUGUUGUAAUAAUGACCUAUUUCUAUAUAAAAUAAAAUUGUAUGGAUUAUGUGUAAAUUAUUUUGUAUUGGAGAGACCAGUUCCUUUCCCAAAUAUAAAAGUAUAAAAGUU